GUUAGGUGUGUUUCAUCUUGUUUUACUAUUAUCCACAGUGAUAAGUGAUAAGAAUUCAUUUGAUUUAAUAAAAUUUCUAUUAGAGGAUUGAAGAGAGAAAUUUUUUUUUUCAAAUUGAAUGAGAGUUUUUUAAUUGAUCUUUUUUUGAAUGAAAUGAGACGACCGCUUAUAAGACAUUUAUCUGAAGGUGGUGGUGGUGCCGGUAGCGAUAAAAACAGACGACAAUCAAUUAAACAACCAAAUGACGAUGAUCGUGGUUAUAAUUGGAAUUUGCGUAAUUAUCGACAUCACGUCUCGUCCUGUGAUCUCCUUAAAGUGCCAUCGACAAAUCAUCGUGGCCGCAUUUCUCCAGAACCACGGUUAACAGUGACGUCCGUUACCACGAGAAGCAUCAACAACAGAAAAACUUCGUUGAAUAAUAUAGAACAACUUUCUCACUGGCAGUUUGUUCAACUCAAAACUUCCCUCGAUACUUUUUCUCAUCGAAAAUAAGAUAACCUCAUUGCUGACAGGUCAUUGUUUAUAAUAAAAAACAAUUAAACAAAAAAUAAUUUUAAAAUAUUUUAUGACUUUUUCUUUUUCAGCAGACCCGAAUGAGUAUGUACAUAAAAUUCCGAGCCAAUUCAUUAACAUUUUGUAUGCAAAAAGACCGUUUGUAUUUUAAAACUUAAUUAAAUUUCUAAACACAAAUUUUUUAGUUUUUAUUUUUUAAUAUGAGAAAUAUUAGCUCUACAAAAAAAAAAUUCAUUAAGAAGAAAGAUGUAUUUUUUUAUUAUCUACAAGAUGCCGUUCUUUAAAAACCAAAAUUUUGAGUUUUCAUUUUUCUCACUUUCGACCCGACUGACUGGCUUCUCAGCAUUUCAGCCGAGCGUAAAUCGAGUUAUUUGAUUGA